AUGCUUUCUCUACAGGAAGCUUCAACCGCUGCGCCAAGGCAAAGUUGGACGCUGCCAAAAGUUUGGGUCCUGUGCGUCGCUGCUUCACAGAAAGCGCAGCCUGCAGCAUUCACACAACUGAGCGGCGUUGCGUGCCUACAGCAUUGCACAGUGCAUAACCUGAGUUGGCUGCGCCCUUGCAGUGCAUUCGUGCUUUCUGGAUCCGGAGGCAAGUCUGUAUUGAACACGCGCCAACGAAGCGUCAGCUGUACUUCUACGGUUUGUGCGAGUGUUCCCUCCGCGCGCACACGACCCGUGCGAGGCACGCUGUGUGCUGGGACACGAGCACUGGAGCGAACCUGGUUGGGGCCCCCAGAACAGAGGCUACUCCGGCCCAGCUGCUCUGCGAGCAUGACGCGCGUCCGUUCGGCUUGGCGAAGUGGUUGCGCCGCAACGAGACUGCAGGCGAAAACUGAGCCGGAUCUGGAGAGUCGGGAGAGGAAACCCGAGCGCCGCUCGCUGAAACGAACGCUCUAUCUCUUUGGUCUUGCAGGAGGCGCUAUUGGUGCGGUAAGCGUGCUAGGGCACUCGCUGGGCACGCUUUCCAUCGAGAACCUCCACGAUCUUGUGAAGUGGUUUGAAUCUAUGGGACCUGCCGCAGUGCUCUACUACUUUGGUUUGUACUUUGUGUUAGAGCUGGUUUCGUUUCCAGCCCUGCUGCUGACCAUCGGGGCGGGGUAUCUCUUUGGCGUCUGGCGAGGCCUCCUGGUGUCUUCGGCGGCCGCAACUGCAGCCGCGGGAACCUCGUUUCUGCUUUCAAGGUAUUUUCUUCGCAACCUGAUCCAGGAGAAGCUGGCAUCGAGGUUUCCCCGAUUCCGCGCUAUCGACCGUGCAAUUGCGAAAGAGGGCUUCAAAAUUGUUCUUCUGCUUCGUCUGAGCCCGCUGCUGCCGUUCUCCGCUAGCAACUAUCUCUACGGCCUGACGAGCGUGCGCUUCGUUCCGUACAUUGUUGCGAGCUGGUUGGGCAUGCUGCCAGGCACGCUUGCGUACGUUUACGCAGGGCGCACUGGAAAUGCCGUGCUUGAGAGGGUUGCCAGUCGCGCUGCGUCAGAUGCUGGCGAAGAGCUCGCCGCGAGCGGCACUGGAGUCAAUACUGCGCUGCUGAUUGUUGGCCUUGCCGCUACUGCCGGUGUACUGGUGCUCAUUGGGAGAACUACCCGACAAGCCCUGAAAGAAAUGGAUGAAGAAAUGGCAGCGGAUGCGGCUCUGCAAAGCAACGGGAAGGACGCGGGAAAGUUUCCGACGACGCAACGGGGCGAGGUCGUCGCUGUCGAUACACCAAGGGGCCCAAGUCCCGAAAGAAUGAAACGCCCUUGA